AUGCUCGACGAGGCCGUACGAGCAACAUACGAGGCCGAGUCGCAACAGCUGCGCUUGGCUCUCAAAACAUGGGAAACGACUUGGGCACGCGAGCACGGCGGUGCAAAGCCGGCCCGCGAAGACAUCUCCCGCAAUCCCGACAUUGCCUCGGCGACAUCCAAUUCGAAGAAAGACGAGGCGCGGCGGAAACGAAAACACACAGCUCCAUCGUCAACCGCAGCUCCUGCUGACGAAACCGAUGCUGCACAACGCAUACAGACCCCCUCAAAGCGGUUGCGCGCGACCGUCACGCGAGCAACACCCUCUCGCGCCGCGCCGGCCGCCACACCGACACAGGGCGGUGCUGGCUACCUCGACACACACCUCACCAUGACGCCCUCUAUCUCGCGCAAACUCUUUAGCCCUGUCGUUCCUACCUCCAUUGGCCCAACCCCGCAGCGAGACGGCCGCGUCCUCGGUUUGUUUGAUGUGCUCAACGAGGAGGAAGAGAAGCGCCAGAAACGACAUGCCGUCGAGGCCACACCCUCAAAACGGACAACAACAGUAAUGCAGGCGACUACAGGAGCACCGGGAGCUGGACAACUGGCGGUACCAGCCACUACCGCCUUGCUCGGCGCGACACCUCGCAAACAAACGCUCAAUAUCGACCAUGGCAAGAGCGACGACGAAGACGAAGACGGCACCGUGAAUGCCCGCCGGCUUAGCCGCACGCCAAUGUCUUCUGGUCGGAGAAAUCUACUCAAUCACUUCACCGCUGGCGGCGGAGUCCCCGCAGCCUUGGCGACUAGCAUGGGGACAGGGGCGCGCGACGGGAGUGAUGUGCUGGGCACAACACCACUCAAACCACGCAACAACGACAACCAGAACUACAUGACACAACAGCAGCUUCUGGCGACGCCCUCCAAGGGCAGUGGUGACAACAGCGCGCAACAGUCCUUUGCAACGCCCGCGUUCCUUCGCCGCACAUCCUCGGCUCUGCCGCCCGUCGACGAGAACGGCGAGUUCAUGUCGCCGCCAAACAAGCUGCGCUUGCCGCGGAAACCGCUCGUGCGUGGCCUCAGCAGCGUCCUGGCAAGCCUGCGCAAGGCCGAGGACGAACAGCUCGACGAGCAGCUCGACGUGCUGCGGGAUCUAGAGAGUAGCAUGGAUAUGAACGCACCGCCACCAACGUCGAAGCCGAAGCCGACGACGGCAGUUCCGCCUCCUCAAGCAAAGACGUCCACCGGCCCUGCGAAUGUCGGAAACGGCGUCCAGGUCGAGGACAGCCAGCUACAGCAACUACACGAACAACAACUACAGGAGCUUGAGCAGUACGAACAAACGCUGAGGCCCGACGGCGACCACAACAUACAACCCCCGCGCCUCCUUGGCGGCUUCGACGACGAGGGACUCUACGACAGCGCACCGGAAGACCAAGUCGGUCGCGACGGCCAGCCCCUGCGCGUCUACAAGAAAAAGGGUCAAAAGCGGACCACACGUCGCGUCAAUAUUCGCCCCACGCGCACGAAACGUCCUGCGCCUGGCACAUUGGCCGACGAUGCGAGCGAUACCGAGGAUGACGUCAAUAACAACAGCAACAACGACAACGGGGUAGAAGGCAAGAGAGACGGAAAGGGAGAAGGCGACAGUCUGGCGCCGCUCUCUGGUUCCGAGUUUGGCUCUGACGCUGAGGACGGCCCAGACAAGGUGAAGACGACCAAGAAGGCGGCCGACAAGAAGACGGGCGGCAAGCCGGAUGGGCCCGUGAAGAAGGCGGUGCGCAAGGUGAACGAGCUGGCUCAUGCCAACUUCAAGCGCCUCAAGCUGCGCAACAACGGUUCCAAGGGAGGGUCUGGGUUCAAUAGCCGUUUCCGUCGGAGGCGGUAA